AUGAUUAAUAGUGAUCAUAAUAAGCUUAAUACAUUUGCCUUAACAUCUGCAAAAGAAAUUAUUGAAACUAAAAGAUGGAAAGAAAUAUCAAAUGUGAAUGUCAAUACUAUUGAAAAAUUGGUUACAAAAGAUAGUAUAAAACUAGUAUUUAAUUUUCACUUAAAAUAUGCUCGUUUAUCACAAAAUAAUGAAGAAAGAAUGAAAAAAUUACUAGAAUUAUACUAG